CUUUUCAGUGAAACACGGAAGUGAUGUCAAAGUUAUUCUCAGCGCAAAUCUUAUCGCAGUUUCCACACUUCACACACACAACGUCCCACCGCAUUACAUGACAAUUGUAUAUCUAUCAGCACAGGGCUCAAAACAGUAAACACCUCGCGUUAUAUUCCUCGUUGGAUGCAACAGGGGGGUCGUGGAGCAGUCGCGGUGAAGGUGAGGGAGGGGCGCUUGCGGUAUUCAAGGUUGCGUUCCGUGAACGGAGUGUCGGCGGCGGGCGAUGGCCUGCACCCUGGAGAAGGUCCUGGGCGAUGCUCGUACCCUGCUGGAGAGGCUGAAAGAGCACGACAACGCCGCGGAGGGCUUGAUCGACCAGUCCGGAGCCCUCAGUCACAGGGUGCGAAGCAUGCGAGAGGUGGGGCAUGCCUUGCCCGACAAGCCCAUUGAGAACUCCGAUCUACAAGAGCUGAGCAAGUACAAGCCCCACGUCCUCCUGACCCAGGAGAACACCCAGAUCAAAGACCUCCAGCGGGAGAACAAAGAGCUCUGGCUGUCCCUAGAGGAGCACCAGUACGCCCUGGAGCUCAUCAUGGCUCGCUACCGCAAGCAGAUGCUGCAGAUGAUGAUGGGCAAGAAGGAGCUGGACACCAAACCCGUGCUCAUCCUGCAUCAGGACCACGCCAAAGAGGUGCAGGGGCAGCUGGAGCGGAUCUGUGAGAUGGGCCAGGUGAUGAGGCGGGCGGUGCAGGUGGAUGAUCAGCACUACUGCUCGGUGAGCCAGAGACUGGCCCAGCUGGAGAUGGAGAACAAGGAGCUCCGGGACCUGAUGGCGAUCAGCCGGAGCUCUGUGAAGAUCCAGAGAGAGCACAGCGACCCACCUGCUGCGGUAGCACCCCUAGACCCGCCCUCCGACGACGCAGAGGCCAAUCAGUGAGCAGCACGGACCAGCAGGGAGGAAGGGGAUUGGUCCGUUCUGAACCCCUCGCCAGUGUAAACCCCUGCGUUUCAUCCCGGCCCUGGCAUUACCAGCGGUCCAACUGGAGGACGACUGUCACCCACUCACCUGGUCGUAACGAAUCGAAGCGAGCGAUUGACACCAGCGAUGGGAAACAUGGAGGAUGAGACGUGUGGAUCAUCCUAUAUUUUUGUGUUUGCCAAAGAGAAACAUUUACUUCUUUGUAAAGGGCAGUUUCUACCUCCGUUAUGCCACAGUUAUGCUCACGUGCACAGAGACACGUACGUUGUGCCGUUGAGUCGACGUGGCGUCCUCUAGUAGCGUCCCCGUGUUGUAGAGAAAGCAGUGCUUCUUUUUUAAACACCAGCAUUAUCAUCCGUGGCUGUCUCACUUCUCUGUUGAUUUCGCAUGAAUGGUAGGGUGACUAAUGAAUGUUUGUAUGGAAAUCUAUAUUGCGUCUUGUUGGAUAUAUUUUGUUAAAUGUAGGCUACAGUUUUGUACAAAUGACAUAUGUUUCACAUAAACGUCUUUCAAUAAUGUCUGUGUAACGUUUUUAGAUACUUUUAUUCAGAUUAGGAUGUGGGGGGUGUUCAAAUGUUCCAUUGAUCAACAUAUUUUUGAUUAAUUUAUGGAAGUGUCAACAUUUUAAAGGCACCCAAUAAACAACAGACAUCUGGACAUUAUGUAGUUGUAUUCAAUCAGCUCAGGUAAUUGGUAAUGAGGUCAAUAUUCUGUAUGACUUCAUGAAAAUGUAUACAUUUGUGUUCAAAUAAAGUUUCUAUCAAAGGAGAA